UGACUUCAUAAUAACUCAAAACUCUUCUAAACCCCUAACAAAACCAAACCAAACUAAAACUCCUAAAUAAAGUUGACUUUUUUGACUAACGACCAUCCUCCGCCGCGUCAGCCACCGUCAUCAUGAUCGCCGUUUACUAUCUCUUCAUCUUCAUCUUCACCUUCAUCACCACCUCUGUUUAUUCCAAACCCACGAUUUCAUUCACUCCCAAAACCUUAAACCGAUCCGGCGACACAGUCGUGAUCAAAUGGUCCGGCGUCGAGUCACCGUCCGAUCUCGAUUGGUUAGGAAUCUACUCACCGCCGGAAUCUCGUCACGAUCACUUCAUCGGCUACAAAUUCUUAUCCGAUUCGCCCGAUUGGCAAUCCGGGUCGGGUUCGAUUUCACUUCCCUUAACCAAUCUCCGCUCAAAUUACUCUUUCCGGAUCUUUCAUUGGAUCGAAUCCGAGAUCAACCCGAAACACCUAGACCAUGAUCACAACCCGUUACCCGGAACCCGCCAUAUUUUAACCGAAUCAAACCAGUUAAAUUUCCGGUUUGCCGCUAACCGGCCGGAGCAGAUUCAUUUGGGUUACACAGAUAAUACCAACGAGAUGAGAGUGAUGUUUGUAACCGGAGAUGGAGAGGUACGAGAAGCUCGAUACGGUGAGGUUAAGGAGAAGCUAGAUAACAUCGCGGUGGCGCGUGGAGUUAGGUACGAGAGGGAACAUAUGUGUCACGCGCCGGCGAAUACGACAAUCGGAUGGAGAGAUCCAGGUUGGACCUUUGACGCUGUGAUGAAGGAUCUGAAACAAGGGAUUAACUACUUUUAUCAGGUUGGGAGUGAUUUGAAAGGAUGGAGUGAAGUCCAUAGCUUUGUUUCAAGAAACGAGAGCUCAGACGAAACGUUAGCUUUCAUGUUUGGAGAUAUGGGUUGUUCUACACCUUACAGAACAUUCAUACGUGGUGAAGAUGAGAGUUUAUCAACUGUGAAGUGGAUUCUAAGAGACAUUGAAGCUUUAGGUGAGGAUAAGGCAGCGGUUGUAUCUCACAUUGGAGAUAUAAGUUAUGCGAAAGGUUACUCGUGGAUUUGGGAUGAGUUCUUUGCUCAGAUUGAGCCAAUUGCAUCUAGAGUACCAUACCAUGUGUGUAUUGGUAACCAUGAGUAUGAUUGGCCUAACCAGCCUUGGAAACCAGUUUGGUCAGCUUAUAUUUAUGGUAAAGAUAGUGGUGGUGAAUGUGGUGUACCGUAUAGUGUUAAGUUCAACAUGCCUGGUAAUUCAUCUGAAGCCACGGGUAUGGUUCAGGGACCUUCUCAUACUCGGAACCUUUACUAUUCUUAUGAUAUGGGUUCGGUUCAUUUCGUUUAUAUAUCGACAGAGACUGAGUUUCUUAAAGGAGGUAAGCAGUAUAGCUUUUUGAAGAGUGAUCUAGAGUCUGUGAAUAGGAGCAAGACACCGUUUGUUGUGUUACAAGGGCAUAGACCGAUGUACACUACGAGUAGGAAGAUCAGAGAUGCGGAGAUAAGACAGAGGAUGAUCGAGCAUUUGGAACCGUUGUUAGUGAAGAACAAUGUGACGGUUGCUUUAUGGGGACAUGUUCAUAAUUACGAAAGGUUUUGUCCGAUUAGUAACAACACUUGUGGUGAACGUUGGCAAGGAAGCCCUCAUAGAUAUUUUGAAGGUGAAAAGUCAUAA